AUGGACAUCGACGACAUCCUCCGCGAGGUCGACCCGGUCUCGCACUCUGUCCCCUCCGAGACACGCGACCUGCAGGCCUUGACGCGUGCCUGGGUGGCGGAGCGCUCCGCGCCAGAGCUUCUAGAAUGGCCCGCCGACGGCCUCUUUGAGCGCGUCAACGACCGCAUCAAACGCCAGAUCGAAAAGGUCGAGGACAUGACGGGCGACAUGGACCCCAAGACCAACUUCGCCCUCAUCGUGAUUCAGACCGAGCUCGAGCGCUUCAAGUUCAUCGUCAGGAGCUACCUCCGCGCCCGCAUAGCAAAGAUCGACAAGCACGCCCUCCACUACCUCUCCUCCGCCGCCCUCCGCGCCCGCCUCUCCGAGACGGAGCUCGCCUACGCGACCCGCCACCAGGCUCUCCUGCACAACCACUACCUCUCCUCUUUCCUCUCCUCCUUCCCGCCGCAGCUCCAGAACCUCAACGACACGGCCGGCAACAUCAGCAUGAUCGACGGCCCGGACCUCGAUACCGCCGUCUUCAUCCGUCUGCUGCGCGACGUCGACGUCGAGGGCAAGGGCACCGACUCCGACGGCUCCCUGCCGGGGCGGGCGGGGGAUAUCCUGAUCCUGCGGUGGUCCAGUGCCAAGCCCGUCGUCGACGCAGGGGACGCCGAGCUGGUCUGA